AUGGAACCAAAGCACGACGAUAUCGGCAGCAACACGUUAAGACGCGCGAUGGUGGCGACUCCGGAUGGGGCGUCGCGGCCAAAGAAGUACAUUCAAGCGAGCAUUAUGCCAUGGCCUCCGGCACCUGGAACCAUCGCAGGCAGCAAUCAAUUGGCCGCGAGCUUUGAGCAGUACAGCUUGCAAAUCGAUCAACACGCCGAGCAGUGGCAACAGCAAGUCAUCGAGAUCCGCUCCGAAAAUAUGACAACUUGCGUAAUCAUCAACAAACAAGGAAGCCACAGACAUCAACAUUUACAUCAACUUGCUUCCAAGAUUUUCCACCACUGUCACCGCUACAAAGUACGGCAGUUUGCGACAUAUAUGCCUUGCACCAGUGGUGGUGCACUGUGGUGGUGCAUGAUUUUCCAUCGCCCUCUAAUCAGAGGCACCAACGAUCAACAACGAUCACUUUCAUUUUCUAUCAUCAUGACAUUCACUUUUACUUCUUACAUUCGAGAUCAUGCAGGUCCUUCUUUUAAUAUUGUUGACUGCUUUCGAGCAUCGAAAUUGACAGAUCAGGAAGCAGCAGAAAAAAAAUUCAAGAAAGCCGUCAAGGCUGUUUCAUUUUGGAAACCAAGCGCAGCUCAAUCGUGGGCAUCAGAACAAAUUCGUAACAAGUUCCUUAUCUUGAGUAAUGUUGAUUUGAAGUCAUAUUGGGUUUCAACGACCAAAAGCGUUGCGAUCUUGAAAGCAAAAAGAACAUUUUAUGAAUUCUGUGGAGAAGCAUUUGAGCCAAUCUUUAACAAGGAAACCGAAGAUGGCUCUUACAACCCUGAUAGUCAAAGUGAAUGUUCAUCAGAAAGUACAAAAAUCCGUCGAAAGCAAAAAUUUGCCUAUGAUUACUUGGUUGGUGGUGGUUUGGAACAAUAUGAUCGCCCAUCUAAUUGCAAAAAGUGGAUCAGUUUGGAUAUGGAUUUGGUAGAUGAAUUCUUAAAGUAUCGGUCGGGUGUCGUGAAAGAGGCAAAGGAGCUCGAAUUGUUAUCGAUGGCUGAUAGAUUGGCACUUAACUUUAUCUGCUACAUUACACCAUCUUUAGCGAUUGGAAAUGGUUUGGAUCCAUCUGUCUGGUCUACCAUGGUCAAAA